CGUUACAAAUGCACAACUGGGUCCUUUAUUGCAGAUUCAGUUACGAAGGACGGAGGACCCGUCGCUCUUUUGUGAAGCACGGUUGAGGCGCCCGCGACCGUUACCCGUGUGUUGAAAUUUCUCCUGCGAGGAUGGUCGCAGAUACUAAAUAUGGCUACGAUACAGUACCUAUCUGCUUCAUUGUAUUGUACGCUGAACUUUCUGUUAUCUCGACCUACAAAAGGAAAAAGCCUCGCAUGCUCGGUUCCCUGGACUUGCUGUGUCGACAUUGCCCUCCAUCUCCUUCUUCACAUGCUUGCAGCGGACAACUGACGCAGACUUGACGCCACGUACAUACCGCCCUGCUGCACACCUUGUCGCAAUCGGGUGCCUUAUUGCACUUGGGAAUUGGGUGUGUGGUGCGGGCAGUCCCCCGAUUCUGAUAAUAGUUUCGGAGCAAUAGAGGUUUUGUUUGGGAUUUCGUUGCUGUAAACAAGUCGUGGUUGCUACACGAGUUUUUCUUUCUUUGAUUCUUUGUAGUUUAGUUUUUUCUUCCUCCUGGUCGCCAGUUGUUGUGUUUGCGCGGGGACCGAUGGGCUAGGGCUCUUGUAUGAGAGUGCUCUCUAUAUUUCAUUCUGGUUUGAUAAGUUUUGUUGCGGUGGAGGAUAGAUUUUCUGGUUCUUAAUUGUUGACGUCAAUUAGUGAAGUGGGAUUCUCUGGUUGCAUUCCUGUGUAUAAACAUUGGGCGUUGCUGAGUGAGUGAGGGUGUGUAAGGAGUGUGAACGUGGCGAUGUUCGUGGGUGGAGAGAGAGAGAGAGAGAGAGAGAGAGAAAGAGAGAACGAGAGAGAUAUACAGGGUGGUGAAUGAGGAAUCUACUGAGUUAUUCAGGUAAAGGAGAGCGUCACUUAUUCAUCGGUACUCUUCCUGACUCUAUCCGUGCGAGAGGGCGUGGCUUCGUCGCUACCUCAAUACCUUCUGUCGUGAUCCCCCAUCACGAGCGUAUUGAACAUAGAACCACAACAACGAAACCAAAACGGCGAGGGUGAAUUUCGGGUGUCACGAUUCAGCGGGAGCGGAGUCUGAUGUUGUUUAUUUUUGAGUUCAACAGUUACCUUGAAAUUUCCUUUGCGUGAAUUCACCAAUCUUAAUUGGGUUUCCUUUCUCUCGUAUGCACACUGAGAGAGGAAGCCUUGGAAGGGGUACUGUAGAAAUUAGAGAAUCUGUACGACAUCAUCUUGCAGCUCCCGGGAUUCUGUUAAUUGCGCUGUUUGGAGAAUUUGAGAAUCAGCACAGGAUCGAGCACCACCAUUGGUAGUCCUGCGAUGCCGGGUCUUCGUAGACCGCAGAACAUAAGUUCGUACACGAACUCUAUCUACCAUGCUGACAUGCACACCUCUGCCAUGGGGCAGCAAUAUUCAUGGGAUCGAGAGAAGUCGAUCAUCCACCGAAGGCCGACAACCACCCGGCAAGCAGUGUUUCGCCCAUCCCAGUGGCUCAAACUGAGGAACAAUUAUCUGGGCGUGAGACACUUGAGCACAGCGCCUGCAGCUCCCGCAAUGCCCGCAGUGCCAGCGUGCUACGGUAGCAAUGAGAGUGACGACCUCCAGGCCAUGGUGCACGAUUUUAUCGAGAACGAUCCUUUGGACCACACAGAGGGAGUAGAUAGCGAUGGGUCUACGUCUGGCAAGAAGGUCACUGAAACCUUUCAGAUGCGGAUUUCGCAAUACAGCGCGCUGGAACGGGAGCUCCUAACUGAGGUGAAGCUGCUCCUGCUUUCCAUGAAGGGGGAUUCCGACCUUGUUUGUGGGCCUGACGGCUCUGAUUGCAAAGGAGGGUGCGUGAAGCGGUUUGUCGUCAGGCAUCUCAAGUUAUCUGGGCAUGAUGCUUCUGUGUGCAAGUCUAAGUGGCUAAGCUCCGGCCGCGUCCCUGGAGGCGAAUACGAGUACAUUGACGUCGUCUUUGAUGACGGCCAGCUAAAGGAACGGCUCAUUGUGGACGUAGACUUCCAAGUUCAGUUCGAGAUUGCAAGACCCACCCAGCAAUACGAAGCUGCUUUGAAGAUUCUCCCUGCCAUCUUUGUCGGCUCCACCUCCAAGCUUCAACAAAUUUUGGAGUUCAUGUCGGAGGCUGCAAAAGCAUCCUUGAAACAGAGCGACAUGCAUCUCCCUCCGUGGCGCACGCUCAACUACAUGAGCUCGAAGUGGCUGUCAACUUACGACAGGAAGAUCGAUCCAGUCCCGGCUUCACCAACCAUACGUCCCCGCAGCUGUCACUGGCAGAAGAAUAGGUUGGUCUUCCCGUCCAUGGCAAAGCAGUGUGGGGAGCAAUUGAGGCUUACAAAGAGCUCACUCAUUGAGGAGAUGAAAUCGUCUGGCGUCGUCGGCAAGCUUACUCGUGCGCGCAGCGCGCAUGAGAAUGUGCUGGAGCGACAUGCCCUGUAAGUAACUCGGUGGAUGGCACAAGAUUGCAUCAAACUUUUGCCCCAGAAAUUCUAUCUGCCCUAGGAGUGUUUGCCCAAGCUUAGAAUCUUAUAAUUCUUUUUGAAUAAUCGAGGUCAUUUUUUUGUUAUACAUUUUCGCAGUUUGCGAUUUGUAAUUUCUAGAGCUUUGGGCUUUCGUUUUAAGAGUUCAGGAUAGCGAUAGACGGUCCUUUCUGAGGCAACCCCGCGGUUAUGUUAGUUGAUUUGUAGAGAAAGGGUACUUCCAGCAGCUGGAUUGCAACGCGCUAUUAUGCAUUGCCCACAUCAAAAAAAAAGAAAAAAAGAAAAAGUAGAGAAAACUCUCACAAACAUCGCGGCAUCCUUACCUUGUCACCAGCAGGCCAUGAAAUCCAUGAUACUUGCUGAAUGACCUUGAAGAGUUUAAGAUAGAAUUCAACCCACGGCUUGAUACACUUAAAGUUCAACCGUUUGUUAUGUAUUUUUCAAAAGGUUUGGACAGAUUGUUAAUGUUCAUCCUGCAGCUGCCUGGCUAGAGGCUGUGCUCAUAGUCCUGCCGACAGCUGGUUUUUUGUUUAGUAGAAGAAAGUUAUGAAAAAUCAGUCAUUAGGUGACCUGCCAUCUGAGAUCCCUUUAGAGGCAAGAAAACUCUGACCUGCACAGAUUUUCAAUCUCUUUUUCUAAUAAAAUGCAGCAUGCCAUCAAAGACGACUGGCUGCUUGCUCUCAUUUAUUUGUGAA